CCCUGUUGCUGCGCUCUUUCAUUUAGUUAUAGUCCUUGAGCGCUAUAUUACUCCUCAGCAUGGUCAAUCUUCCUCAAUGCUGAGGUGAUGCAAUUCUGAAAUUAUCACAAUUUCUUUCCUCGGUUUGGUUAGAUUUCGCAGCGAUCAGACGAACAAGAAGGCAGAAGAACAACAAUUGCUUGAACAUUCUCUUGGGAAUUUAGCAAUUUUUCUGUCGCCUACACAAUGGGCUCGAUCGCAGAAGAUGACGAUGAUCGAGACCUCGCAGGUUCGCAAGAUGGAAGCUCGGAUAAUGACAUGGAUGAUACCCUCAGAGACGCUGAUGAUGGUGGGAAUGACAACGACAACGAUCAAGACGUGGAUGCCGACGGAGACGCCGAUGGGGAUGGGGAUGCAGACAGCCAGUCCAACGCCAGCCAUGCAUCCGAAAGCGCUGCUCAGCAGAACGCAGACACCACUAUGACAUCCCCGGGCCCAGAUAAUAUUGUGUCCGACCUACUUUCAGCUUUCCACCCGAGUGUGCGGCCGGAGUGCCUGACGGCCUCGACAUACGAUAUAGUUCCUACAACUGCCGCGCCACACAGCACCUCGAUCAAUGCGAUUACGGCGACAGCGGACAUGAGAUGGGUGUUUAGCGGGGGCUCGGAUGGAUACGUGCGAAAGUUUAACUGGGUCGAUUCAAUCAAUAGCAAGCUGAUGUUGACCGUGGCGCAACGGCACCCGUUUGUCGAUAGCGUGAUCAAAGCGGGCGUGUUGAUGACAUACUGGGAGAACAUGGACGGUGCCGCCUUAUCGCCAGUAUACUCGUUAGCUAGUCAUAGCGAGGGUCUGUGGUUGCUGUCCGGCCUUGAAUCGGGUAAUAUUCGAUUGCAGUCGAUUCGACAUGAUGAGGGCAAGGAGAUUGCUCUUCUACAGCAACAUACCUCAGCUGUAUCGGUGCUGACUCUCACCUCCGACGAAAAAUCGCUACUCUCCGGAAGCUGGGAUAAGCGGGUAUUCGAUUGGGAUUUGAAUACGGGCCAAACUAGACGUUCCUUCGGAUCGAGCGCGGGGCAGAUCUCGGCCAUUGAAAUACGUCCAGAGUCGAGUCUGCCGGUUCCGAGAGAUACAUCUGAAGCCCAACAGCCGAAUGGGACGUAUUCAUCCAACCACCACCAGGCGAGGGGGCGCGAAAGUUUCGAGCUCAUGGACACGUCAGAUAAUCAGGGCGAAAACGGUGCUAUUAACCCGCAGGCGGGGUCACCAGCAGACUCGCUCUUUGGUGGUGCUGACUCUUUGUUCGGGGAUAAUGAUGGGGCUGGUGGUGAUGGCAUAGGCACGUCUGCCAAUGGCUUUGGCGUGGAUGACGACGAUGAGUUCGGCAAAGCGCUUGCAAACGGUGUCCUCCCAGAUGCCGACGCACCAGGUGAGCCUGAUCAAAUGAUCCAGCAGAAUGGUAUCCUAGAUACUUCUUUCCCUUCGAACGACGCCAAUCCCGGAAUUGAUACCACCGCAUCCACCCAACCACUCGACUCCCAAACGACAGAGAUGCCAAAUGGCGCAUCGCAAGCCUUAACAAAUGGCCUUCCCCAUGCCGAGGAGCUAGAACCACCCUCACAAACCCUAGACCUGACCCAAUCAACCCAGUUGGAGACUAAUAGCAACGACAAUACCUUCCUCGCCGCGUCUAUUGACGGCACUAUCCGAAUAUGGGACCGCAGGCAACAAUCCGCAGUUGCUCGCAUUACACCGCGCAAUUCGCCCCCAUGGUGUAUGAACGCGUGCUGGUCCCCAGACGGCAACUACAUCUAUGCCGGACGCCGCAACGGCACUGUAGAAGAAUACAGUCUCCACAAGGGCCUGCGGGACCCGGAACGAACCUUUAAAUUCCCGCAAGGAAGCGGGCCAGUCACAGCCCUAAAGGCGAUGCCGAAUGGGCGACAUAUCGUAUGCGCAUCCCAUGAUAUCCUCCGAUUAUACGACCUAAAACAUGAGCAAGUUUCUCGACAUUCUACCGUACCGUUCUUGAUCAUCCCAGGACACCGCACAGGCACCGUGUCGCAGCUAUACAUUGACAAUGCAUGUCGCUUCUUAGUCUCGACGAGCGGUAAUCGAGGUUGGGAAGGUAGCACGACCGAAGUGUUGCUGGGCUACGAAAUUGGCGUUCCGCGGUAACUAGUUGUUUAUUUUUUCCCCCCAAAGAAAAAGGGGGGGGGUACUACUACUAGUAGGUACUAAUACUAGGUAAGGAGUUUUUGAUGACCGUAUGGUACGAAUAUAUGUAUGUACCUUUUGGGGUUCGGUGCUGGCUUGCCUUGCUAACUAUAUGGUCUUUAUGGAGUUGAGAUAUGCAUGUACAAUUACAAAGUACCUUGGAAAAGUGUUCUUGAAGCGUACGGGUUCACGGUUGGUUGCUUUUCCUUUCGGCCUCUCAUCUAUUUAUUCUAUUCUAUUAGCCUUAGCAGCAGGAGUGAGCGGGAAUAGAUAGAUAGAUAGAUAGAUAUGCUUUGGCUGUGCUCCUGUAUACACACUACACUAUGUUUCCUAUGGGAAAUAAA